AUGGCGAUUAUCUUUCUUGAUGGGGAAGACGGGCCCAGUCGAUUAGACCGGGCCUCAGCCCAAGCUAUACGAAAUGGGUUUGGUUCCCUCAUCCUCGGGGGCUGCUCGGCGACUAGCCUUUGCGGCGGCGGUGACCUCGCGCUGGCGGCGGGAUCCCCGGUGACGCCUCCAUCCAACAUUCCAAUCCCAGGCACCGGCUUCGAAGACGCAGCUUUGCCGUAUGACCGCCGACACGAGGUCGCUGUGGACAGAAACGUGCUGCACUGUCCACGUGGAAGCCUCUUCACCCUUAAAUGUUCUUCUGGGCAGCGUCGUUUGUUUAGUAUACGGAACACACCGUGGAAGAGAAUAAAGGAAUGGAAUGCUAUGCCGCCACCACUUAUUUGUGUAGGGUGCUGUCUAGUGCUGAGAUGUCAUUUCAACGAUAAAAUUGUCACAGGUAGAAGUAGUGGGGUCAAGUACAGUGUGUGACAUUUUUCUGCUCCAUUCUGAUGCCAUGAUAGUUGCUUGACACCUAGGUGAAGUAGUGGAAUCUAGUAGCUAUUCCAACCAAUGGUAACCAGUGUGUCUCCAUGAAAUCCCAACAGGAUCUGGUUUUGUGGCAGAUGUAUCAUGUUUAGUGAUUUUGGUUUUUCUUUUACAUCUAAUUAUUUCAUUUCCACUGAUCUCAGAACUUUGCACUGUCCUUUGUUAAAAAUGAAGUUACUAGAAAAA